AUGACUCCUCACAAGAAGAAGAAGGCCCCGGGCGGCCAGAAACGCAAGCACGACGAGCGAGACGACACAAUCGAGCAGCUCCGCAAACAGCUUGAGAUCGCAAAACGGGGCAGUGAUGCUCAGAAUGACAAUGCCAGCAAUACCAAUGGGGAUCAGCCAAAGGCUUCUAGCCGGAAGGCCCGACAACUUGUGCGCUGGGAUGCCGAUAUUGAUAUCCAGCUUCUGCUGGCUAUCCAGUACGCCUGUAACAAGACCGGCACCAAGGUUCCAUGGAAGGAGACUGCUGAGGUGCUGGGACCCAAGUUCACUGAAGGCGCAAUCGUUCAGCAUUUGGCGAAGCUUCGGACCAGACGUGAGGAUCUGAACAAGCCAUGUCCACCUCCUUUGAAGCGCGCAGCCGGAAAUAACACUGCUAACGCUGCCAAGGCCGAGAUGACUUCAAAGAAGACUCUACUGCCUUAUGCUAUGGAGGAAAACCCCCUGAAGCGCAAGCGUCCCGUCGCAAAUCGCCGCCAGAACUCUUCCGAUGAAGAUGAAUACCUCCCCGCUGGCGAGCGCAAGUCGCAGGAGCAGUGCAAGCCUACAAACCGCCAGAAUGAUGAUUCUAGUGAUGAUAUCUAUACCGUCAAGCGCAAGGCGCAGUUGCGAGCCAAGAAAGGUGGUUACCCCGUUGGCCUCUUUCAUGCUGGCAACAUGAAAAGCGAUGAGAACGAUCCUAACCAGAAACUGAUUCACGGCAAUGCAUCCUGGUUGAACGAUGUGGCUGCUCGCACUGAAUCAGAUAGAGAUGAAAUUUCCACCACAGAAUCAUCCAGCGUUAGCCAGAGCACUUCUCAGAGCACUGUUCAAAGUGCCAAGAAGUCGAAGAUGGUUACUCUGAAGCUCGAAUCAGAACAUCUGGCAAGUGUGGGUCUCAAAGAGGCUGGUCCUGCCCUGCGUUACGUUAACACUUUCCCUGAGCCGACUACACUCCCCCAGCCACCUCGGGUCAUUGAAAACCAGCCGCCACGGCUGCACCCAUCCCGUACUGCCCGGAUGCGCACUUAUAUGCCCCACGACCUUGACGACAUGGAUUUCCGAGCUAUGAAACGCAACACUGACGACCGUGAUUACCCAGUUCAAUUCCCUUCUAACAAUCCUAACCCAUUCGUUGUUGGCAGUCUUCUUAACCCGGGACAUGGACACCCUCAUCUCGCCCAGCUUGCUCAGUCCUCUCAGGCCAUGCAGAAUGAUGUGGCUUCUGACUAUGAUUUAAUGCUGGCGUAUCCCCAGGUUGAGAUUCCUUAUGAGUUGGCUCGUGACUACUGCGAUGAUCCGUUCACCAACGAGCCUGUAGGCAAUGCGUUCAUGCACGACAACGUCUUCAUAGGAUACGACGAGGACUACUUUGAUGGCGAGCUUUUCCCAAUUGUUGAAAAUGAGGGAAAGCCUGAUUCGAAACAUGAGGAGACCAGGGAGUCCUACUGA